AUGACGAGGGCAAACAGUAAUUUAGCUUUUAUGCAUUUAAGCUCAGAAGUUCAUCGAACCUAUAAAAAUGGAAAAGAACAAACACAUACCUCCAUUACACCAGAUGCGGAAUCAGGUGCCGAUGAUGAGUUUUCAUGGGGAGCGGAUAAGACUCUGGACGGAUUGUUUACAAACCGGUCGGCUGGUGGAGGGCAAUGCACAAUAUCUGACAAAUGUGAAUGGUUGUACAGUUUACACUGUAAUCAGUCCUGUGGAUGGUGCUUGAAUUUUGGUCAAUGCCAUCAUAUUGACGGGACGUGCUUAAAGGGAUGUGAAAUAGGAUUUAAAGUGGAUAAAUGUACCGAAGAAUGUCCUGUCAAACGGUAUGGUUACAAUUGCCAGGAUACAUGUAGCAUCAACUGUAGGGUCCCUGGUAGAUGUAACAGAGCGACAGGAGAAUGUCAUGGUGGAUGUCAGUCAGGAUGGAAAGGAAUUAGAUGUGACAAAAGGUGUGUUUUGGAAAUGUCUGGAUACAACUGCAAUAAAACAUGCAAUACAGACUGUUUUAAUGGAACAUGUGAUAUCACGGCAGACGCAUGUUUAUUGGUGGGUGCCCCAGAUCCACAUGGAAUCAAUAUUGCAUAUAUUAUUGGUGGAGCCUCGGCAGCCAUCUUUGUUACCGUGACUGUUGUUAUAUUUGUUAUAGUAAGCAAAAGAAGUAGAGUAAGGAAAGGACAUAAUGGUCAUCAAAAUAUAUCUACACAAGUUUUCAUAGACAAUGUAACAGCAACCAUAGAAAUCUAUAACAAGAUUGAGGACAAUGGUGGAUAUUAUGAGCUGGGUGAACUUGAAUCGGAGACAGUGAUCUGCAACAAAUGUGAAAAAAAAGGCAGAAUACCAGGAAAUUGGUGGAAUAAGUCAUCAUUUUCAUAUUGCUCGGAAACAUUAAAGUGA